AUGCCAACGACAUCAGGCUCACCCACUCCGUUGGUGACCUAUACUACUCCCCCGUCUGCCUUCAGCACUGGCAGCAUUACUCAAUCCCUCUCGGCGAGCAACACUGUCUUAACGACGACCGAGGAAGGCCACGAAACCAUUAUCCCGGUUGUUGGCGGCAUUGGCAUAUGGGGAAUCUCAACCCCGGGCAUAUACUUCAACCUCCCUGGGUUCCCCAGUGGUAUUAGUAUUCCAUGCCUAAUCUUUUGUUCUUCAGGCACAAACAUGCCCUCAAUUGUCACCAGUGGUGGCGGUGGUGGUGGCGGAGGGGGUGAUGGGGGCGACGAGGGCGAUGAUAAUUCUAGCAGCAGCUCAUCUUCGUGCACAUCCUCGUCUACCUCGACCUACUCCACCGAGUUUGUCACUUGUACCCCCAUUACAACCUCAGAUACAACGACGUCAACCUGCACCACUUCGACUGAGAUUAGUACAACCACUGGAUGUGAUCUCAAAGUCACAGACUCGAGCACCACCACUACUGAAACGCCCACGGAAACAGCUGUGCCCUUCACAAUUGUGACAUACCAUGUCGGCCCAAUCUCAUCGACGCCUGCAUCGCCCGCCAUCAUCGACGCCUGCAUCGUCUGCCGUGCCUUUGACCAUGUCAUCAUUCCAUGUUGGCGGAAGCUCAUCUGUAACAUCGUCAUCAGCUCCAUCGUCUGUCAGCUCAACAUCCAUAGUCAGCUCGACAGCCCCUGUCGGCUCAACGCCUCCAGGCAGCUCGGCGGCUCUACCCAGCUCGGCGGCUCCAGUCAGCUCGACGGCUCCAGUCAGCUCGGCGGCUCCGGUCAGCUCGACGGCUCCAGUCAGCUCGACGGCUCCAGUCAGCUCGACGGCUCCAGUCAGCUCGACGGCUCCAUCCAGCUCUCAAUCUUCGUCUUCGGCUCCGGUCAUAACCUCGGCUCCUAA